CAAAGCAACUAAAACAUUUAAAAAAAUGUACUACACAGACGUUCUGCGAGAAAAACUGGGCGUCCGCCAGUGUCCGCGUAGCGAACGCGCGCUCGCUAGCAGACGACGCACUUGACAACGACAGCAAAAUUGAAGACGUCGCGUUCUAUAAUCCAUGCCUCAAAUAUUUAUGUUCGGCAAAAUGGUGUAAACAUAAUUUUGCAGUUGAAAUAAAGCACUAUUUUAAGAGCGUACUAUGCGUAAUCGGCCUCGGCGCCCGCAGCGAAAGUACGUUGAAUAUGCGGCGGAGCGCGUCUCCGCCCUAAUCCAGUUCGCUCGCAGCGCCCUCGCACAAUUUUUCCACACGCGGCGCCUCAGCGGGAGAGCGCCGUUCGGCCCACUGGACCAUUGUCUAGUACACUCUAGGUAAAAAAUAGUUUUUUUCCUUCCUCCAUGCACUAUAGUAAUGCUACGAGUCGCAAGUAUACGCCACCAGGUGGCAAGCGCGGCGUUUUACAGGUUUUUUGCGACUUGCGUCAGCGCGCCAUCCACCUAAUGGGCGUUCUUUUCUUGAUUUAAGGUGGUUCCGUGGUAUUGUGCAGUCGUACUAGACACUAGACAUUUCAGGACGCACGUAGUACGUCGAGGCAAGUCGAGGCAACGUUGGUCGAGGUCCCCCUACGAACGUCGCAACAGGCGGGCAGCAGUGAUUAGAUUGAACGGCUUCGAGUGGGUCUCAGCCUGUGCGCCGAUCACUUCUUGGAUGGUGCCGUGUUGACGACGUCGCUCAUGUCCCAGCUUUCCAAGGAGUCGGGUGUCGACCUGAAUUUCGACGAAAUAAUGGCCUCGUCGUUGACACUGCAGGACACCACGCCGUACAGUUUCUACGAGGUGAAGGAUCGCACCGUCGUGCCGUCGUUGCCUCCACAGUGCGCGAGUGGUGCUGGGCGUGGAGGGGCUGGUGGAAGCACCGGAGGCAUUGUGCACUCACGCCCUCCAGUGAGCCGCACCAACCUGAAACAACAGCUGCAGCGUCACCAGGCAGAGCAGGAGGAGCGACGCCUCCGUGAGCUGUUGGGGGCCCCUCGGCAACCCUCGUCGGCCAUCUGCGUCCCUGGCGUGCCUGACACCAUCCCAGACAACAUACAGGUGCCCACACAGGUGUUGCAGGUGCAGUCGCGGUUGGAGAACCCAACCCGCUACCAUGUGGAACAGAGCAAGCGUCGCCAGGUGAAGCAGUACCUGACGGGCAGUCAGCCACUGUCGCGGCCGCAGCUCCAGCACGUUGCCUCGUCGGCUCCCGGGGAGGCCUUCAGCCCCGACAGCCCAGCCUCGCUACCCCACAGUGGUUCGGCAGCCACCAGUAACUCAGAGUUUGAGGAUGCGUUUGACGACCUGUCCCACUUUGAUGGCGAGGACUUCCUGAGCAGCCUAGGUGCGGGUCAGGGGGGCCAUGCCACCGUGCCCAGCUCCCUGGUGGAGUUUGAGGAGGUUUGGCCUGGCGGCGGGGCCAAGGCCGGUGCCGUGUCUUCUUCCUGUCCCCCCGACCUGGCCUUGGUCAAGGAGGAGGAGCUGCUCGAGAAUGACCUGCGCGCUCUGGCCAAAGACCGGCAGAAGAAAGACAACCACAACAUGAUUGAAAGGCGGAGGCGCUUCAACAUAAAUGAUCGCAUCAAGGAGCUUGGCACCUUGCUUCCAAGGACAAACGACAGGCACUAUGAGCUGGUGCGGGACAUCCGCCAGAACAAGGGCACCAUCCUGAAGGCGACGGUCGACUACGUGCGCACCCUCAAGAAGGAGAAUGACCGCAUCCCGCUUGUUGAGGAGAAGCAGCGCACGCUUGAGCAGCAAAACAGGCAGCUGCUGCUCAGGAUACAGGAAUUGGAGCAGACAAUGCAAAUGCAUGGCAUCCAACUGACGAGCCAGACAUGGCAUCCCACAUCCGAGUCACAGCUGAGUGCUCUUAUCAAUGAUGGACCGACAUCCUUCAAUGACCUGUAUGACUUCAAAGGUGGCCAGGAGGACCUGAAACCAGAUGACUUUCGAGCCGAUGAGUUUCAGCACGAUGCGUAUGACAUCAAGCAUGAGGCACCAAGCCCGAGCCCAAGUUCGGGUCUAAGUUCGGCACCUAGUCCGGGCCACAACCUUGGCCACUACGAUGAUACCAUCAUGGACGACGACCCCAUGGGUGGUGGUGGUGACCCUCUUCUGUCGGCAUCUCACCUUCCGCACGAGAAGCUCAACUCCCCUGGCACAAUGGACUAUCACGGAUAAUGGACAGCUUGUCCAUCUUAGCUGGGACAAUGAGCUCAGCCUGGUGGGAUUGGACCACGCUGCUGCAACAAACUUGCUGCAAAAUUUGUAGGUAGACUCUUGUGUAUAAUGUGAGCUAUACAUGGAGGCAGGCAUGCCCAUGGAGGCUUGCCCCACCAACCAAACAAUCUUUCCCUAGGUUUGCAUUGCAGAAUGGAGUGUUAUGGGGGGAUGUCUGGAAGCAAGAAUUCUUGGACCACGUGGCUUGCAUGUGAAGUUUGGGACAGAAGACAGCUUUUGCGUGGCUGUGCUUUUGCCCACAGGAUGGCUUGGUCUUAUCACGAGCAGUGCCUGUAGUGGAGGCUUAGCCACUUUUAUGUAAGUGCAGCAAGUCAUCAAGUUCAUUGCUGUGCUGUGCACUCACAAGUGCAAUCUUUUGUUGGUUGAUUACGCGAACUGCAGUGUCUGCUGUGCAAGUGGACAGACUGUUGUUGCUACACAGGGUUGUUUGUUUUGCAAGACGGCAUGAUGUUGUUUGAGAGAUGUUAGAACUGAAUAUCUGCUUGUUGCUUUGCCUGAUGUGCAUGUGUUGUUGCUGUUGGCAGUAGUCUAACUUGUACAGAAAUGUGUCAUCACACAUCGUGUCAAUUUUUAUUCAAGAGGUGGAACCACUGUUGACUGCUUCUUUCGCCAUCUCACCUUCCACUCUGGGGCGCAGAGUGGGAUACCAGCUUCAUGGUGGGCAUUGCUCAAGUGUGGCAUAACCAAAUUGCAACGCAGUCGAAUAUAGUUGAAUGAGCAAUGAAGUUUUCUUGCAGGUAUCUGCGUGUCUUGAAUAUAUGCUGAUAGCAGAUAUAACUAGAGUGUUCUCAUGUUAGACGAGACUUUGGCCAUAAUGAGGUUCAACUCUGUAUGAUGCAGUGCUGUUGCAGAUGACUUUGAAGCCGAGAUUAUGAGCGCCUCGGCAUCAGUGGAGCACAUGCUCCAAAAUACAUGCUUUUCUGUGUAACCAUUUGCUUUUAAUAAUACUGAUAAUCAAGUGCCUUAUUGAAGCCUGCCUGGUGAGUAGGCCUGUCGGCUGCUGCACUUUCCAUGGCACUUUCCAUGGUCCACAAACAAGCUCUUCAGGAAGCUAAAGAAAGAAAGUGCAGUUUGGUCACUAACUCUGCGUUUACAACGAAGCUCCGAAAAGCGCGUCACCCACACUGAUCCCUGCGUGUGGUCAUAGCUGUCAUCUUUGUUCUCAACAGCUGUUUCGGUAGCUUCUUCUGUGAAGUCGUGCAUGCUCCCACCUACUGCAGGAGUGUUCAGGCUGGCUGAUUUCAGGUGCAUUGCUGUAGUGAAGUGCCCUGUGAAGGAAAGUAAUUUAACCAGCACCACAGACCAGGCAUUGGUUGCACGGUCAAAGCCAGUGCAAACUGAGUAAAGGCGCCGGUGAGAGCCAGCAUUGGCCCUUACAGCGAAUUCUUGAUUUCGCUUGUUUAUACCCUUUGGUAAAGCUUGCAAGUCCUUCACUCAACAGCAUCAUCGCCCGAUUCAAACUUUGGGCAGCUGUCGCGCUGUGGCCUCGGCAUCCUACAAGUACCUCUAAAAAUCAAGUUUUGCCCUCGUAUUCAAUUUCAGGCAAUAAUAUGAUCGUCCUAAACACCUUUGUUUCUGUGGGGAAUGAAAACAAAAACGUAUUAUGCAGAUUGCACUGUAUAUGGAUGUGUGUGAAAUGCUGCAAAACUUCUACUCUACUGGAGCUGGCGGUGUUAUAUGAAUGCCUACAGGCUCGGUACAAGCAGCUGCUGCUGAAAGACCUGGUGACACAAGGCAGCAUUAUGCUUUGUCUCUGCAAGCCAUCUCAGAGGAGAGGUCUUCAGAAACACUGCAACAGGCUCAGUGAACCGCACUCAGUAUUUUGCAGAUUGCACACAGCUCUGGAACGGGGCCACAUUGCUGAGCAGACGUAUCGGCUUGCCUCUUUUGUCUACUUUGUUGGUUGAUUCCAAAUUAUCAAUUUUCAUAACCAGAGAUGAGUUUGGCUCUUAGUAUUGUUGAUGGUUUUGCAACGCAUACAUUGAUUGAAUAUCCGGUACUGUUCCUAACAUUGAAAUCCGACUGCUAUAUGUUCCAUGCAAGUUGGUACAGAACAGGUUCACUCUUACUCUUACACGAUUCUGAACAGGUUUAUCCAGUAUGAGAACCAGCAUUGAGGCAGUUUCGUCCGUUUUUGCAAGCUUGUUAGUUUCUGUGCCUGGGGCUGCAAUAUCUAAUUGAUAAUCUGUUAUGUAUGCUUCAUGCCAUCCUAAUAGAAGGCUAAUUUUGCAGGCAAGUGCAUUUGAGGUGACGCAUUUCUUUGAGAAAGACCACUGAAAUGGUCAAUAUCUAUAGGGCACUAACUUGGUAAGCAUAUUCCAGUGUACAGAUGAGAUGUUAUUGUUUAACCAUUUCUCCUCUUUUUUUUUUUUCACCUCAUAUGUAGAUCACAUUUCACCUGCGCCGGGCAAAUGUUGGUUCUUCACCCCUUCAGCACAUUCGUUCUUGUCUGGUUAUUAUAUGAAGACCUUUAGUUGAUGGACUGUGGGCCUUCAGAGAUGGCUGCUGUGAAAAAAUGUUUCUGUAUUUCUUUCGUGCUCGCUUUACUUGAGAAAAAGUAAAAACAUUUCGCCACCUUUGUGGGUGGCAGUACACGAACGGCCUAAAAGAGAAAAUGCAUCCUACUUAUCUAAAAAGCAGCUGUAAGCAUUUGUUUGGAGUACAUUUUGUUAUCUUUUGUUGAGCAACACCAGUGCAAAAAAAUUUACAAAUUUGGGCUGUGGAAGCAUGAAAUGCAUGGCUCACAUUGACUACGGUUACUGCUAAAUUUUGAAGGAGUUGUUAGGGACUCCUCAUAUAUUUACCAACUUGGAUAACUUUUGACAGUUAUUCUGGGACACCUAUAUAGUGCAUUAAGACUUAGUGAUAUUUUAUUUUUAUUCUCUCGGAACGUGCUACAUGCACUAAAGCAAAAAAGCCUGCAGUUUUGUAGACACUCCUACACAGCAUUCAAUUGCUGGCCAUUGUUGGCAUCACCUGUUUUGUUCAUCAUAGCUUGCAUUAUAUAUAUAUAUAUAUAUAUAUAUAUAUAUAUAUAUUGGAUCAUUGCUCGCUCAGCAGGAAGUAUUGCUUGCUCGAAGGUGUGCAUACUUAGAGAACAGUCAGAUUCCAUUUUUUCAGUGUUUAGAAAUGUGUGUACCCUACACGUAAAUGUAUGUCAUUCAUUUGUUGCUGGUCCCUGCUGUCGGAGAGGGCAUGUAAUACGUGGAGCUGUUUUGAUGCAGCCAAGUGGCAUCUGUCAUUGACAGUAGUGCCAUAAAUGCAUUGCCUUCACAGUGUCCUUGACCGUAUCACAUGUGACCAUGUGAUACAUUCUGCUUGUGAAUACUUUUGGGUUUAGGCACUAGUUGAAUGGCAACAGCAGUCCCGAUCCUCGUUUGAGCUUGUGUCACUGUUUGUAAUGUAAAUAAGCACGCCUUGUAAAUAGUGAGCCCGUUGUUUUCACCUUUUGUUGUACACAUUGAAGUAGUGUUAUUGGUAAAUGGAGUGUGCAUAAUGCUGUAUGAGGCAUUGCAGACAUAUUUUGAAGGCUAUUAGUUUUAUUUGCAGAUGGCUUUAAACAUGGCUUGUUUUAACGUGCUGGCUGAAGUCGGUGUUCUAGCAAUGCCUCCUUUACUAGAUGCCCACCUCGUUCGCGUUCCCAUCGGGGUGGCAGUUACCUUAGUUCUGCGUAAAUUCCGUGAGGCGGCGCUCGUUGCCUUUUCAACUUCCGGCGGCGGCGGCGGCCGAAUACUUCCACCGGCGCGUUGAUAGCGCCUGCCGCCUCCAAGAUGGUAAGAGAUGCUAUAGUAAUCUCGGAGGCCGCAGCACGUGAUCUAGGUUGCAGGCGUGCGCCACAAGCGGUGCUCGUUGCCUUUUCGCGGAGACGAAAAAAAAAAAAGGGAGAGGGCACAGAACCGGGUUUAUCGGACCACGCCGCAGGCAUCUAGUAAAGGUGGCAUUGGUAGUGUUAUGUGAAGCGCUCCACAACAUGUGUGACCAUAUUCCACCAUUGCAUGCAAGACCACUUGAUGUGAGGAACUGUCCCUCUGUGCCAUGUGCUGAUGGUGAUAUGUGCUCGUAAUGAUAGCUCUUGCACUUUGGGGGUAGUCACAACAAAUGUGAAAUGGGCGGGUAAAUAAUGUUUCAAGAUGAGCUUGAGAACAUCUUUCGAACUGUACAUUUUUUUAGCCUGUUGUGUUGACUGUGUGGCGUUUAUGUUGACCACUUCAGUUUAUACAUUUUUCACUAUUAAAAUUCCACUGUUAUGUUCACCAUGUCGAGCCAAAGUGGAGCCCUAUUUGACUCCUGGUGUGCGUGACUGUGCAGUUGUCAAGCGCAUUAGUGCGGCCUGCUUUACCAAAGUCCUGCUGCUUGCAAAAAGAAAAGAUUGCAUACUUAAGGGCUGUGUAAGGAAAAUCUCUGCAGCAUGCCUUGCUGCAUUACAUUGGUUCACAAGAGUGUAAGGACAAAACGAGGGAAAAUCUGGCACCACCGGCAUAGAAACUGUACGUACUAUUUUUGAAGCUUUGUGCGUCAAAAAUUUGUUGUAUGGAGGCCUCGGAACAUUGCAAAGCAAAAUAAUUACUUAUUAGGCAUAAACACAAAGUAAGCGUAUAUGUAGGUUUAACUGUUAGCAUAGAUUAUGCGCUGGAAGUUACUCAAUAAAAUGAAUAAUUUGUGACAUUCAAACACAUAGCCUAUAGGAACUGCAGCGUGUACACAACAAACAAGACACAAGGCAAUGGUAACACACAAGCGCUUGUGCGUUACUUUUGCUUUGCGUCUUGUUAAUUGUGUACGUGCUGCAGUUUCAUAAUGAAUAGUUACCAACUUCCCCAACUUUCAGUACUCAGCUUAGACUAAAGAAAUGUUAUGAGGCUUGUAAAGAACAGAUUUUAACUUCGAAGAGCAGUCAUAUAAACUUCAAUAUGCUUUUUAAGUCAGUCCAUGCCAAAUUAUUGGGAAAAAAUGCAUGUUCGUGGUGGCUGAUUUUCCUAUGUGGCAAGAUAGCAUCAGUGGAGAUGAGGUGGUCACAUCCACUUUAAUGUUCCAAGGUAGGAGAGAGCUUCAAGAAAAGCUUCUUACAGCUCAGUCUGCUGCAGCAGUGGCGGCGGAAUUAACAGUAACCUAACAAGCUGUACACGGGUGGUUUAAAUAUUAAAUUAACAAGUGAAUGACAAUGUUAUGUACAGGUGAACAUGGUGGCAUCCCGCUUUGGCAUGAUACUGGGCAGAGCCUGGUCUUCUGUUUGUGCCUUCAUGUGAGACCUGCACAGUCAUAAAUGAAAUGAACAUUUAUUAUGAUGCUAGUCCUCGGUGCCUUGUGAAGAAAAACUGUGCAAUUAAAAGGCAUGGGAGUAGCUCUGUACAAGAGUGCUGCAAUUGUAAUGAAAGUUCCUCUCACAAGAUGUGCUGUCACUUUAUGAAUAGUGUAAGGCAGACACUGUAAAGUCGUACCACGUGCAUAUUUCAUGGCUUGGAAUAAAGAUGUUCGAAGAGCAAA